AUAAAUAUUCAUAUUCAAUGUGCCUUUUGAUAGAAUACUUCAAUAAAUUGCUCCAUUCAUGAAAAUUUGAUUCUUUCACUAACUUAAAAAAUGGUUUCAUUUUUUGGGUUUUUCACUUUGAUUUGUUUAAUCAACUUAUUUAGUGAUUUACCAAAACCAAUUUUUUUUCUAAACAAAGAAUUUUUUGUGUUGGGUUUUUCUUUGACAGAAAAACUACUGUAUUCUGCCACACCAAAAAUUGCCACCUGAGGCCACAUGGUCAAGACAGAUGUUCAUUGACAUAUAAAUUUUAAUUUUGAUCCAAAUUUAGUUAUACACAGAAGAAUUCAUACCUAAAUUUAGGAGGUGGAUGAGCUUGACCUGUUGAAGCACACAGGAAAUCUCAAAACCCUCUGUGUGUCUCCAAACAUCAUCGUUUGGGUCUCUCCUCAGAUCUCCCUCUCCGGACUCUCUCUGUAUAUGCAUAUCUCUGCAGUUUGAGGGUAGUUACAAUCAUGUCAACCCCAGCCAGGAAGAGGUUGAUGAGGGAUUUCAAGAGGCUCCAGCAAGAUCCACCUGCUGGCAUCAGUGGGGCUCCUCAGGACAACAACAUCAUGCUAUGGAAUGCUGUCAUUUUUGGACCUGAUGAUACUCCUUGGGAUGGAGGUACGUUUAAAUUAACUCUGCAGUUCAUGGAAGAUUAUCCAAAUAAGCCUCCAACAGUCCGGUUCGUCUCACGGAUGUUUCAUCCAAACAUUUAUGCAGAUGGAAGUAUUUGCUUGGAUAUUUUACAGAAUCAGUGGAGUCCUAUAUAUGAUGUGGCAGCUAUACUCACUUCCAUCCAGUCCCUGCUCUGUGAUCCAAACCCAAACUCACCUGCAAACUCUGAAGCCGCACGCAUGUUCAGUGAGAAUAAGCGGGAAUACAACAGAAGAGUGCGUGAAAUAGUGGAGCAGAGCUGGACAGCCGACUGAAGAAGCUCAACCAAAGCAUCAACUUUCUCUGUUGUGCAGGGAGGAAAAAAAGAAAGGAAAGGCAUUAGAAGUGAUGGUGGGUGGUGGUUGGUGGCAACUGUUCUUCAAUCUUUAGAGUGGAUGAUCAUGUACUGAAUAUAAAAAUGGUUUGGAUGAGUGGUCUUAGAAGAGGAUUUGUUUGAUUUAUGGGGCUUAGACAGCUGUGCUCUGCUUAAAACUGUUGAUGAUUUGCGAGUAUAUUUGGACUGUUUGUAGGAAUGUGUAUAGGAAGUGUUAUUGUGGUUGAUACUUGUUUGUGAUGUUCUAGACUCAGUAUUUGGCUGUAAGAUCCCCCUUCUCUCAGAGAGGAAUCGGGUAGAGCUUUUCUUAGUGUAAUGUUUUCCUUAGACUCACUCAUAAACUCUAUAAUUCCCUUUUUUUUGGCCUUUUCA